AGUAAGCAGAGUCACAUCCAGUAAACAGACAGAGAAGCCACGCGGUGGCACAUCACAUUGGGUGAAGACCCAUGUUGGGCUGACGGAACACACGGUACCUUGCUCCUGGCAUCUCCACUGCACAGGGCUCUCAUGGGCAUCUUCAAGGUUCAGCACAUCAAGUAUGACUGAAGAGUCCAACGACACGCUGGUUCUAGAUGAUUUACAGGAGAUUUUGAAGAAUUUCUCCAUUUACUAUGAUGAGCUGAAUAUUUCGGGGAACAGUAGUAGCGACGGCUUCCUGCUGGACCCGGGCACAUUUGCGUGUGAGCCAUUCAAUGUCUCACUGGCCCUCAGCAUCCUGGUGUGUACCUUCUACUUGCUGGUCUUCUUCCUGGCCAUCCCAGGGAACUUUGUGGCGGCCGUGGCCAUCGGUUCCAGCCACAGGGCCCUGUCCCCCUCCGAGCUGUAUCUGCGGCACCUGGCCAUAGCCGAUGGGCUGUUGGCACUCACGCUUCCCCUGUGGGCAGUGGCGGCGCUGCGUGGCUGGACAUUUGGCGACAGCCCCUGCAAGCUGGCCAGCCUGGUGCUGGAGGGCAGCUUCUACAGCAGCAUGCUUUUACUAGCCUGCAUCAGCGUUGAGCGUUACCGGCUCGUGGUGCGAGCUGCACAGAGCCGCAAUGAGGCACGCAGGCGGCGUGGCAGCUGGCUGGCAUGUGCUGCUGUCUGGGCACUAGGCGGCGCCCUUUCGCUGCCGGCACUCCUCAAAGGGCAGGUGCGGCCCGUAGGCUCAGUGUGGCCAGUCUGCGAGGAGAACUACUCACCGGAGGCAGCGGCAGCCUGGCGCCUGGCCACGCGACUGCUCCGCCACACGCUGGGCUUCCUGCUGCCGCUGGCUAUCAUGCUGACAUGCUGCUGGUCCACUGCUGAGCGGCUGCGACGCACACGGGGCAGGAGGGGACAACGUGCCCGCCGGCUCAUCUCUGCUGUGAUCCCUGCCUUCCUACUGUGCUGGGCCCCCCACCACCUGGCGGUGAUGGCCGACACUCUGCAGAGGACCGGACUGGUGCCAGGCGGCUGUGAGGCCCGCCGCGCCGUGGGUGCCACCAUCUUCAGCACGCAGAUGCUGGGCGUGCUGCACAGCGCUAUCAACCCUGUGCUCUACGCCUUUAUCAGCCACGACUUUCGCCGCAGGAUGUGCCAGAGACUGUGUGGCCAGAGGGCAGCAGAUCGCGAGGUGCUCCCCAGAGGAAGCCGGUCGCUAUCUCAGAAUUCGGAUGGAGUCUCCACAGCCCUGUGACGACCGAUGGCCGCGCCUCAUUCCCCAUGAAGAUCGACGACCACACCUUAUUCCUCGUGAAGACUGACGACCACGCCUCACGCCCAGUGACGACCAUACCUAGUUUCCUGUAACGGCCGCGCCCAAUUCCCUAUGAAAGCCACACCUCACGUCCUGUGAUGCCCGCGCCUCAUUCUUUGAGAAGGCUGUGGCUCACACUGAACAUCUCGACCCCAGAGGUUUGGGGACGCCCUGUUGGAAACAAACAGUCACUACACUAAAUACUAAACAUAUUCCUACGAUUUUGACUCCCUAAUUUGCAUCAAUGCUAUAUGCAACCAGGAAGUGAAUGUAUCCCAGCAGCCCCACGAAAAGAAAGGAAUUCUCUAACAGAACAUUUUCCUGAACCGACCAGUUUCUUCACUGCAAACAAUGAAAUGGCCCAUGAGGAUGCCCUCCCCACUGUUGGCACCCAGGGAUAUUGUUAACCCGUCACACGGACCACAUGUCCCAUGGAUAUAGACACCUGGAUCAUCAUGUUUGAGUUGGACUUCUGCCUUCUGCCUCACCUUGGAAUUUAAGAUGGGACAGUUUUCUGUUGUCACUGGAUUCUCUGAAUUCUUAAAAUCCCUACAGAAAAAUGUUUAAUAAUAUGCAUGCUUGAUAUUUAAAGAAGAAUAACAUACACAAUACAAAUGACUUCUAGGUAAAUUUGCUUUCGACUGCCUGCGAAAACCUCUAAGAUAAAUGCUGUAGCAUUAGCUUUAGGCUAAUAGUUACACAGCCUUUUUGCUGUAUAUAGGUUGCUGCUUUAUCAACAGUAUGCGGUAAGAACUAGAAUUCGGGGCAGUUAUGUGAAUGUUUGCAGUAUUAUGGCACUAUCACUGUAUAACAUGGAAUAAUCCUCAUGGCGUACAGUAGAGGGUGCUCUUCUUGAUCGACAAAGCAUCUGGAUGUUUUACCAAGUAAAUAUGGUUAUUUAAUAUCUAGAAAAACUUUAACCACAACACGCUGUGCUGGUGGCAAAUUCCUUCCUGGCUUUUCCCCUUUGUAACACAUUUUAAAGAGCAACUCUUUUACUAACAUUGAAUGUGGAUGAAGAAGGCUAACAGGAAGAGAGUAAGUUUGUGUGUGUGUGUGUGUGUGUGUGUGAGAGAGAGAGAGAGAGAGAGAGAGAGAGAGAUAAGCAAAAUAUUUCUAUAUAUUUGGAAAACAAAAUAUUUGAAGAGCUGUCUCAGGGAACCAAGAUCGUGACCUAAAUAUAAAAAGAACCAUUCCUGUGAUUUUGAUGCUUUGUUUUGCUCCUGAACUGAAGGCUGCUCACAUAGUUGUGUUGUGAUGGCUGUGUACUGCUGGUAAAGUCCUGUACAAUAAUACCCAGCCUGUAAGUUAUUCAAAUGUCUGGCUUUGUCUUAAUUAACAGAGAAUUAAAAUACUUCCAAGUGCUAA